UUCCUUUAUAUUAAGAACACUUAUACAAUAAAUAAAUAAAUAAACACUGCUAAAACACUAAUAUCUUUACUGAAUUCGUCAUAAGCGGGUGUGGGUCGCUGUUAUAUAAAACACUUUAUAAUAAAAAUAAAAAACUAGUAGCGCUACCUUUUCGGUUUGGGCUGAGGCCCAGAUUUCUGUAUGUGUUUCAUGAUCAUUUGUUAAUUUAUAAGGUAAGCCUCAGUGCUUGACACACGACUUCUUGGGUCUAAGGCUAGCCGGUUUAAUCACGAUGUUUGCCUUCACGAGCGAAUUUUAAAUGUGCACAUAGGAAAGCAUCUAGGCCACUGCAAAUAUUCGAAAGCAUUCUCAGAAUUCAAUGAAAUUUUAAAUAGCAGCAUAAAUAGGAUGUACAAAAAAUAUAUGAAGAUAAAAAUGAAUUGAUAGGAUGCCGGUUGCAGCAAUUUCAUUAAAUUAUUUUUCAAUCAACUGGAAAUCAUUCCAUUAAGAAUGUAUGCUGAAUAAAAUUGCACGCUUAAUAGCUCGAUUGUUUGAAUAUUUACCUGACAUGAAUUCUGAUAAGAUUUAAUCAGUUAAGAUAUCAGAAUGUGGUGUUAAUGUGAUAUCAUAGUCAGUUGGUUUUGAUAAGUGAAACUGUGGUUUAUUGCAAUUCUUUUCGUAACGUUUAUAACAGAUGUCGAAGUAAAAUCAACGUAAAAUAACUCUGCGUCAAACAUUUGUAAGAUUCAAAAUGCAAUUCCAGUCUCCCAUGCCUAGUAGGGAUUACCUUUGGAGCAUCUUCGUAAGAGUUGACAAAGACAGAAGCGGCUAUAUAUCAGCUGAUGAAUUACAACAAGCGCUUUCGAAUGGAACAUGGAAUCCUUUCAAUCCAGAAACGGUUAGACUUAUGAUAGGUAUGUUUGAUAAGGAAAGUAGGGGUGUCAUAUCUUUCGAUGACUUUGGAACCCUUUGGAAAUACGUGAGCGACUGGCAGAACUGCUUCAGAUCAUUUGAUACAGAUAAUUCGGGAAAUAUAGACAGCAAAGAAUUAAAAAAUGCCUUGAAUGCCUUCGGGUAUCGCCUUCCUGAUGAUACAGCCGAUAUGAUGGUACGGAAGUUUGAUAGAUAUGGUCAAAGGACUAUUCUUUUCGAUGAUUUCAUUCAGUGCUGUGUCACACUUUAUACAUUAACAUCUGCGUUUCGACAACAUGAUCCAAACCAAGAUGGAGUAAUAACUAUACACUAUGAACAGUUCCUAAGAAUGGUUAUGAGCCUCAAAUUAUAACAUAUUUUGAUAAAAUAAAUUUAUUAAUAUAAUUGUCUAAGGGCGCUUCGCAUUUUCAAACCCUGAUUGAUAUAUAAAAUAAAUGAAAAAUCUAAGAUAAUUGAUAUGCCGCAAAGUACAAUUUUGAUUUAAAAUACAGUUAACGAAAAUAACUGGAUAAUAUUCUGUUUUGAUUGAAACUGCAUUAUAAAUACCAAUUUUUUUUUGACAAUUGA